AGGUUCCAGAUCGGCGGUGAGCUGGUUCUCUGUCCCCGUUUUAACUUCACCAGACUCCACCAGAGCCGCUGAACAUGUCUAAGAUCGACAUGCUGCGGCUGCUGAUCACGCAGCGGCUCACCGCGGCCGCGGAGGAGAUCUUCGGGGUGUUUGGGAGGACCCUGGCCGAGUACGAGGAGGAGAUCUCCCGUUCCAAGCUGGAGAUCGAGCGGCAGCGCCGGCUCCUGGACCUCGUUAGGAAACCGCAGAUCUCCCUGCAGAUCCACGAUCCAGCUGUCUCAGAGCAGCGGAAGUGGAGCAGCUCCAGUCUGGAUCUGGACAAAAACCAUUCAGGUCGGAUCAAACAGGAGGAGGAGGACGAGGAGGUUGUGGAUUUACAGCAGCAGGACGAGAUGGUUGACGCGUCCGAGCAGAACGAUGUGAACUUUGUGCUGUUCCAGAGCAGCAGGGUGAGAGAGCAGCAGGACAGCAGCUACAGAGCAGCCUCACUCCCAGAGUUCCCCAGCCAGGACCUGGAGGACCCGGAGCUGGAGCCGCCGCCGGGGACCUCGCUACACGACUCCUACUCAAACCUCAGCGAGGACGAACCCGUGGCUUCAGACAUGAGGUUGGGGGACGACCCGCUGGACUCCGUGGACCUGGACGGGCCUGAGCCGGAGGUCGUGGACUCGUACAUCUGCACCAUUUGCGGCCAAGCGUUCGCUCAGCGCAACCACUGGGUCAAACAUUUGCAGGUGCAUCGCAGCAUCGACACAAAAACGGACAAAUCUUUUGUGUGCGAUAUUUGUGGGAAGAGACUUACGCGGUUUGACGGCUACCAGAAACAUCUGCGAGUCCACACGGGGGAAAAGCCGUAUUGCUGUAAUAUUUGCGGCCGCAGAUUCAGUGACAACUCCAAUUACAAACGGCAUGUUCGUACACACACGGCACAGAACUCCCAGCUGAGCGUAGCGUGAAGCACCGAGACCCGGACGGAGAAUGUUUGCAAUGCCAGUGAUGAAUAGAAUCAUUCACAAGUUUAUAUUGUAUUAUAUUUUUAAGAAAGGCCCUCCAGCACACCACAAUGAAUAUUUUUACUAAUGUGCUGUUCUGCUUCUAAAAGGUAUUCAGGUUUUAAAUCGUAGUUGAAUAAAGUUGUCGGGUUAGGGAGGAACAAGUGAAACUUUACUUUAUGUGCUGCUGUUUGAUGAAAAGGGAAGAUUUUAAAGCAUUUUUCACUGAUGAAAGAUAGUUUCAGGACUGUCUCAGAAAAUUAGAAUAUUAUGAUUUUCUGUAAUGCAAUUACAAAAACAAAAAUGUCAUACAU